CCCAAUUUGAGGCCCAUUAUCUUAGUAAUACAAAAUCUUAACUACCAAACUCAACAUUGAAAAAGACUGAGAAAUCUGCUACCAACCAUGACGUCUUCCCCCUUUCCGAUUACCGUUACCCUUAAGCACCACCGUCACCGUCGCCCUUCGCCGCCGAAACACUAUGUCUCAGCUAUCACAACAAACUAUUUCACGAGUUUCCGCUCAUCUUCCUCAUUUUCGAACAAUCUCCACCGCUCAUCUCCUUUCUUCAAGCGCGAUUCUCGCUUCCACCGUUGCUGCGCCACCAAUUCGCCAUCCGAACCGCCGCCGGAGAAUCAGAUACCUCCAUCUUUAGGUGCAUCAACGAAGGAUACUCUGCAGAUUUUCUUUGCUGUGCUAUUCUGGAUGUCCCUUUUCUUCUGGUCUUGCGCAUGGGAUCGAGGAAAUAGUGGCAGAUCAGACAAGGGCCCUCGAUUUAGGAAAUAACUCCAUUAGGUUAUGUGUUGUGGAUAUACUUAUACAAGUUAGCAUAGAAUGGAGAUAUUGAGUGGUAGGACUAUGAGCAGUCAGAUUUGAGGUUACAAUAUAAUGAUAUUAUUGUAUAUUACGAAGCUGAGGUUAUAGAUCCACCAAUUUUAUUAUUUUUACCUUUGCUUGAACUCGAUCUUGAAUACUCCAUUUUUCUCUGGCACUGCCAUUAUAUGCAUAUUUUUAGAAAAUAACAGCAGCAAGUAUAAAUGCUCUGGUUAGAUAAAUUGCUGUUAUUCUGUCAUGUUACCUUUAUCCAAAAGGAACAAAAUGGACACGAUUUUUUCUCUUCUUUACUUUUUUUGCUUUUCAACAAGGUAAUGCUCUGGUUAGGAGAUUCUUUAUCCAAAGUAAUGCCAUGGAUCAAGGCACAUAUUUUGGAAUUUUGGAUAAUGAUCUUGAUCUCAGGCACUAGCUCUGGCUUUAGGCUUAUUGGUGACAAAUCUGGGGGUGAUCAAGUUACCAAGAAACGAACAAGAGGGGGCCUCGUAUUCAGCACUUUAUCAGUUCAAUUCUCCACCAGAAAUAGGAAAGAAACAGAAUUCGGGAGGCCCGUCAUCUCAGGGUAUUUAUGUGGAUUCUAUCUCAUCAAAUCAUUGUUGAACAUUUGAGACAUCUGCUGGAUAUUUUGUAUUAACCAUAAACUAUUUUUAAAUCUCAGUCUUAGAAGAAAACAGUUAUUUUAUGUCUGGGUCAGUUGUUUUCUAAGG